UGUUUUCCUCAUUUAAAAGCCUGUUAGCAUAUGACAGUCUCGUUUCAGGGGAAGUCAAACCUCUUUACUGCUUCUUUUUAUAACCUUUAAAUUAAUCUGGAAUUCAGAUAAGCCUUGAUCUGAGGAUGAUAUAACCACAGCAAGCAACAUGGGAACUUGUAGAGAAAUUAGAAGGAAGACUUCAAAAAAUAUGGUGUGAUGUCUCCCGGUGGGGACAGGGGAGGAGGUGCAGGGAAGCGGAAGUGGCCUGAUCCAGGGCAGCAGUGAUGCAAUGGUGAAGAGUAAGUGGGAGAGAAGCAACAGGCACCAUGGAAAAAACCAAAACAAAGCAAGGAGAGAAUGAACAUAUGCCGGUGAAUAAUCCCUCCACACAGAUUUACCAGGCUUUGAAGUACAAGUCUUCCCUGAACCUGCCUCCUGUGGGAGCCCGCCUUCAGCGGCAGGACAGAGGGAUCAUAACCUCUCUAGAGCAGCUCCAUGAAAAAAUCAACGAGAUGAGGAACGUGUUCAACUCGCUGGAGUACAAGUUGCAGGCCCUGGCUUCCGAGUUGAAAACUGGUUUCACAGAGGCAAUGCAGGAACUGACACGAAUCCAACACGGAGAAUAUGCUUUGGAAGAAAAGGUCAAGAGCUGCAAAUGUUCCAUGGAAGAAAAAGUUACUGAGAUGAAGAAUUCAUUAAAUUAUUUCAAGGAAGAGCUGAGCAAUGCCAUGUCAAUGAUCCAGGCCAUAACUUCCAAACAGGAAGAAAUGCAACAGAAAAUUGAACAACUUCAACAGGAGAAACGAAGAGAGUCUCGAAAAGUUAAAGCCAAGAAAACUCUGAAAGAAGAACAUGGCACACAGGGUGGACCUGCACAAGCACAGGGAAGUCCUUUCCGUUCUAUCAACAUCCCUGAACCUGUUCUUCCAAGUGAAGAUUUUACCACUAUUUUGCCUUCUCAGGCCUAUGAAAAAGCCCAAGAGUCCAGACCCAUUCAUGUAGGAGACAGUAAUGUGAAGGGAAUGAUGGGUCCUGGAGUGAACCCAACAACUCCAGAAGCAGAUGAAAACCUGAUGUCUUGCAUCUCAGUGGAUAUCCAGUCCAAGGGCCAUCUUUCAUCUGGCAUGUGGAGGCAGCCCAAAGAGGGCAAAGAAUGGGGGGAAGAAUAUGUCACAAAGGACCACCCAGAUAAACUCAAGGAAACCGGCCAGGGUAGACACAGUUCCUUAGAAAAUGUUUUAUGUGAAACCUCUUUAGCUGCUAAAAGACAAACUGUGGCUCUAGAACUGCUGGAAUCUGAAAGAAAAUAUGUCAUUAACAUCUCUCUGAUCUUGAAGAUAAAGGCAACAUUCCAGGGGUCAGAUGGAAAGAGGAAUUCUAAAGAGAGAAGCCUCUUCCCUGGCUCUUUACGGUACCUUGUUCAGCAGCACCUGGAUUUGCUUCAUGCACUGCAGGAAAGGGUCCUGAAAUGGCCACGCCAAGGAGUCCUUGGAGACUUAUUUCUUAAAUUGACAAAUGAUGAAAAUAAUUUUUUGGAUUAUUAUGUUGCCUAUCUGAGGGAUUUGCCUGAAUGCAUCUCAUUGGUUCAUGUAGUAGUUCUGAAGGAGGGUGAUGAAGAGAUUAAAUCUGAUAUCUACACACUGUUUUUUCAUAUAGUCCAACGCAUCCCUGAAUAUCUGAUACAUUUACAGAAUGUCCUCAAGUUCACAGAGCAGGAACACCCUGACUAUUACCUACUACUGGUGUGUGUUCAGCGCCUCCGAGUAUUUAUCUCACACUACACCCUGUUGUUUCAAUGCAAUGAGGAUUUGCUUAUUCAGAAACGGAAAAAGCUCAAGAAGUCAUCAAUGGCAAAGCUGUACAAAGGGCUGGUUUCCCAGUGUGCAAAUGCUGGCCAAGAUGCUUCCCCCACUGCAGGCCCUGAGGCUGUCCGUGACAGUGGGAUCCACUCAGAAGAGAUGCUGCAACCCUACCCUUCUGCUCCCAGUUCUGGCCCUGCUGUCACACAUCUGAUGGCCCCGGUGAAGAAAAGCCAACCGCAGCAGAGCCUGAUGGAGAGCAUGCAGCCUGGGAAGCCCAGUGACUGGGAGAUGGAGGGCAGAAAGCACGAGAGACCCGAGAGCCUGCUGGCGCCGGCGCAGUUCUGCGCGGCCGAGCAGGACGUGAAGGCGCUACCCGGGCCGCUGCAGGCCAUCCCCGAGAUGGAGUUCGAGCCCUCGCAGGCCGAGCCGCUGGGCAACGUGGAGCGCUCGCUACGCGGCCCGGCCGAGCUCCUGCCCGACGCCCGCGGCUUCGUGCCGGCGGGCUACGAGGAGUUCGAGUACGGCGGCGAGAUCUUCGCGCUGCCCGCGCCCUACGACGAGGAGCCCUUCCAGGCCCCGGCCCUCUUCGAGAACUGCUCGCCCGCCUCUUCUGAGUCCAGCCUGGACAUCUGCUUCCUGAGGCCCGUCAGCUUCGCCAUGGAGGCCGAGCGGCCCGAACACCCACUGCAGCCGCUGGCCAAGAGCGCCACGUCGCCGGCAAGCAGCUCCGGCGUGUACAAGCUGGAGGCGGCCGCGGCGCAGGCGCAGGCGCACGGCAAGGCCAAGCCGCUGAGCCGCUCGCUCAAGGAGUUCCCGCGCGCGCCGCCCUCUGAGGGCGUAGCCCCGCGCCUGUACAGCACGCGCAGCAGCAGCGGCGGCCGCGCGCCGCUCAAGGCCGAGCGCGCGUCGCAGGCGCACGGUCCGGCCGCCGCCGCCGUCUCUGCCCGCGGUGCUUCCCGGACCUUCUUCCCCCAACAGAGGUCCCAAAGCGAAAAACAGACCUAUUUGGAAGUAAGGAGGGAAAUGCAUUUAGAAGACACCACCCGCUUCUGUCCAAAGGAAGAAAGAGAAAGUGAACAAACAUCUUUCAGCGAUCAAAAUCCCAGGCAAGACCAGAAAGGGGGCUUUCGCAGCUCCUUCCGCAAGCUCUUUAAAAAGAAGGGCUUGUUUGGCUGGUGGCCCCACACACCCAGAAUGCUGCUUCGGGAUGAAGCUAGGCAUGGAGCCAGAUGCAACAGAAAACCCGAGAAAGGGUUCUCUUCCCUCUGAGGCUGGGAGGGCCGAAUAUUCUUACCCACAAGGAUUCAAAAGGGAGAGUCAAGCUGACAUCAUAAAAAUAAUCCUGAAAAAGCCCACGAUAUUUGGGGAAAAGGGUGACCCUUUGAUUGUUUCUAUCCCAGGCAUAUUUAUCCUGGGUAGAUACCAAGUCACAUGUCCCUGAAAGCUAUGCACAGUUGAUCAGAAUAAAGUCUACAUAUUUUAAAGUUCAAAAAUAUUAAGUGACUUUAAAUAUUUAAAUGAAGAUUCUUAGAAGCCAGGAACAGACUUAAUGUGAAAAGCUGAUGCUGGACUGAUUCCCUUGCCUUUGAGCAGGAUGGAAGGCAAACUGUCCCUUGUAGAAGGAUCUAUAUGGAGACUGUCAAAGACAAACCUAGAUUAUUGUGAAGGCUGAGGCAAAUGCUACUUUAUCUCUCUAUAUAUAAAUCUUGCAUUUGGGUAAAUGUAUUUCUGGGUGAGGGUGUGGCAGUGGGGAAGAGGAUUAUGUAAGACAGUUUAGGGAUAGAGAAUGUAGAUGGUGCUUUUUCUUUUUAUCCCCAAAUUUGGGGGAAGUGGGAAAUGAAGAAUAUAGCAUCCAAAUGAUCAAUUCUAUUCCUCAACCAUUCACUUCCUUUUUAGCAGUUUGUAAUUUAUAUGCCUCAAGAAUAUUUCCAUUCUUGUCCUUCCCUUCCCUUCAUCAGUGGUAUCAAAUUCUAUUUUCUUAGUCACACCCAGGAAACAUACAUUUACAGGGAUCCAUAUAGUUAAAUGUCACUGAAUCAUCUUUUUUGGGUGUCUUCUCAACUAUUUUUAUAUAUGCCCAGCCUUCACCAUGAAGAGGACUUGUACUAGAAAGAGGACUGAUGAAGAAUCAGUUGAUUUUAUCCUUACAUUCUUCUCUACCUCCUUAAAGCCUAUCUCAAGUUCCUUCUCCAUUCUUACCUAUUUUUCGGUUUCUCUCAUAGCUCAUUUCCUAUAUACCUUUAAAAUUGCAGGGGAUAGUUGAAGGGAUAACCAUUUUGUAGUACUUAAUCUUGAUUAUAAUUGUUUAUAGAUCAUUUGGAACCAAUCAUUAAGGGUCUUUAGUGUACGAGGUUCUGUCCUAGUACACUAGAAAUAAAUAGUUUCUGUCCAUUAGGAGCUCACAGUUCAUUGUAAGGGUAAUUCAGCUGAAAGUUUUGGUACAUAACACACAGUAAGCACUCAACAAAUAUUUAUUAAGUGAAUGCUCAUUUGACACUCUGUUGAUUAUGAGUCAGGGCUAACUGACUUAGCCAAGAGGAUAGGUGUCCACCCUAAACCCCUGAUCUCUUCUCCCUUUGCAUGACUCCCGAAGCUUUCAAGGAUGAUAGUCUUUCCAGUCAGAGAACCAAGUCAAAGACUUCUGUGGUACUAUAUUUCAUUCCUUUCCGCUUCCCGAUUCCAAACAAGCUUUCCAAGUUUAUCUGUAGUAAAUCCAUGUAUGUCGACCUACCAAACUUAACGAUUUUCUUUGUCUCUGUCACUUGAAUGGAAAGAAAGUUAGCAACAAGCCAGGUCCUUUAUCCUCUUUCCCUAAAAUGCUGGGAUUGCUGUGUGUCAGAAUGUACUUGCAGCCAGCCGACUUACCCUUUCCCAGAAAGUGUUUACCUGUCUGUCCCUGUACUGUCUGCUCACACCUGCCUUGCAGUCAUCCAGGAUGGCUUUAGGAGCUAAAAAGCCAUUUCUGUGUUUUAUGGAGAAAGGAAAUAAAAGCAAAUACACUGUGCCUUUCUCUUAGUAAUUUAGGUAUGCAUUACUUCAGAGCCUAAUAGCCACACCUGUGGAAGAGUGCAGAUGUCUAAGUAGUCAUAUGUUAAGCAUUAUAAAGAAGUCAGUUAAAAUUUUUCUUAAAAAGAUGAUAAUGAGUUUUUAGUCAUGGCUACAGUAGAAUGCUGGAUUUUGAAAAGGGUUAGUAAUUUAGCCAUUAGUUAAUAGUUGAAAUAAAGAAAUGCAGAGACAUUCAGAUGCUGGAGAGACAAGGAAGUUACAAUUUGUGAAAAGAGCAGUUAAAAGAGAAAAAAAUAACUAAGCUGAGUCUGUGUACUUUAAAAACUAGACAGGGCGAUUUUGGCAUUUG